GGUUUUUUUUUGAAGCAGGCAUUUUCUUAACUGGCCGAAUUGAUUGACAAACCAAUCAGGGUCGGGCUCGCGAGGACAUCACAAUGAGAUUAUUUAUGCUAAUCAAGUAGAUGUCACUUCCGCCCCUUUUAUUUGCGCCAUUUUGGAUAGGGCAGUUUCUAGGCUGGAUGUGUAUUGUCUGUCAGAGGAGAAUGAUCUAAGCGUUGUCAGCUGCCAGGGGCUCUCAGGCGCUCUUCGAGGUAUCCAUUUGAAAGACUGAGUCCGCCGGUUGUUGCUCCCAGCAGCAGGGACAUGUGUCCGCCCUCGCCGCUCCGUGGAAUGGAGGCUGUGGCUGUCCGAUGAGACUCGGACUCGGAGGCUUUCUGUGCCCGUUGGCCGACCGGAGGGAAGAGGAUAGCCCCCUGUCGGCGAGGGGACCGUGGGGCUUGGGGAGAGCACCGACGGAGCUAGUUAUCACCUGAGAGGAGACCGCCGGGAUAUCUGGAAAGAAGCGAAACUGUGUGUGUGUGCGCGCAUUGUCCCACUCAUCCCGGGGUGACACAUCUCGCUCGGGCGGGCGCACUGGACGUGAAAGCAGUCUUUGUCAGCGGCGGCAGCUCCCUGCCAACGCGAUCGAUCCGGAUACUGCCAGAUGUUGACACGAGACCAGAUGAACUGACACUGACGGCAGCGCGACGGUUCGAGGUGGGCAGCAUGUUCCAGCUCCCUGUUAAUAACUUGGGCAGUCUGCGCAAAGCCAGGAAAAAUGUCAAGAGGGUUCUGGGAGACAUCGGCCUGGAGUUCUGCAGGGAUCACCUAGAGGACUACAAAGACUUUACUCCUCCAGAGGUGUAUAUAAAGCACACUACCUGGGAAGAUGUGUGCAUGUGGGAACCAUCACAUACCAAAGUCCAGGACUACAGAUCAAAGCCCUUCUGCUGCUCCGGCUGCCUCUUUUCGUCCAAGUACUUCUCCGCAUACAAGAGCCACUUCCGCAAUGUCCACAGCGAGGACUUUGAGAACAACAUCCUGCUCAACUGCCCCUACUGCACUUACAAUGGAAACAAAAAGACUCUGGAAACGCACAUCAAACUUUUCCACAUGCCCAACAGCGCUGUGCGGCAUGGCUCCGGUGGAAUGGUGGCAGGAGCUGGCGGGAUCAUGAUGAAGGAGGGGCUGUUGAAGAGGAGUGGGGACAGCGUGGAGCAGGCUGUGUACUACUGCAAGAAAUGCACCUACAGGGACCCUUUGUACAAUGUGGUGCGAAAGCACAUCUACCGGGAACACUUCCAGCAAGUUGCCCAGCCGUAUAUUGCGAAACCGGGAGAGAAGACAAAUGCUCAGAAUGGCGGCACAGUGGGAGCCGCGGGGAAUACAGAAAGUAGCAACACAAACAAUGUUAACAGUAACCAGAUUCACUGCAAGAAGUGUUUGUUUGUUCCGAGGACGUACGAGGCCCUCGUUCAGCAUGUCAUCGAGGACCACGAGAGGAUUGGCUACCAGGUGACUGCUAUGAUCGGGCACACCAGUGUGAUAGUCCCCCGUCCCAAACCCAUCAUCAUGAACCCUCCGAAAACCCAAGGAGACAAGACCAUCAUCGGGAUGGGCCCUAAAGGUGCAGUAAUGGCCACUACCAGGUCUCCCGGCUCGCAGCAGCUUGGUCGGGUUGUUAUCGCAUCGAAGUCGGGCUUCAACUCUCAGAGUCUCCUAGCCGGGUUGAAGCAUGACGCAGUAGGAUUAAAGGCCCAGCAGUUCUCGGUCGGCGGUCAUCAGGUGAGGGUUAGCUUACCGGGCAAUGCUCAGGUUUCCGUGCCCCAGCAGUCACAUGCAGCCAAGCAGCUUAUUUCCAGCGGAAGCCUGCGGAGUCCAGUUGUGGUCAGCGCCUCUUCCUCACUCAAAUCCAACCCCCUGGGUUCACGUGUGCAAGCAGCAGCCACGACUGUAGCGUCUCUCACAGGCAAGAAAGGGUCCUCAGUCCUCGGCACGUCCUACACACAGAAGUGGAAGAUCUGCACCAUCUGCAAUGAGCUCUUCCCAGAGAACGUGUACAGUGCUCAUUUUGAAAAGGAGCACAAAGCAGAGAAGGUGCCUGCCGUUGCCAACUACAUCAUGAAGAUCCACAACUUCACCAGCAAGUGUCUCUACUGCAACCGCUAUCUCCCCAGUGACACUCUGUUAAAUCACAUGCUGAUCCAUGGCCUGUCCUGCCCGCACUGCCGUGCCACCUUCAACGAUGUGGAGAAGAUGGUGGCCCACAUGCGGCUGUCGCACCCAGAUGAGAGUGUUGGCCCGCGCACAGACUCCCCCUUGACAUUUGAUCUCACUCUGCAGCAGGGCAAUCCCAAGAAUGUGCAGUUGAUUGUCACUACCUACAACAUGAGAGACGCUCCAGAGGAGUCGGUGGCGUUUCAUUCUCAGAACAACAACAGCUCUGUGUCAUCGGCCUUGUCCGCCUCGCUACUAUCAAGCAAGAGGUUAAUGCCCCAGCACCCGCCCAAAACACCUUCCGUGGCUGCUGACGGUGUGCCAACCAAGAGUGCCCCACAGGCAUCUGUGCCCUACAAAAGGGACGUGGGCAAGACACUAUGUCCUCUUUGCUUUUCUAUCCUCAAGGGCCCAAUCUCCGACGCACUGGCCCACCACCUGCGAGAGAGGCACCAGGUGAUUCAGACAGUCCAUCCUGUAGAAAAGAAACUCACCUACAAGUGUAUUCACUGCUUAGGGGUUUAUACUAGCAACAUGACUGCCUCGACCAUCACUCUACACUUAGUGCAUUGUCGAGGCGUUGGGAAAUCCCAGAAUGGGCAGGACAGCCGGGUCGCUCAAUCCUCUCGGGUCAGCCAGGCCCAGAGCAGCGCUCUCAAACGGGCCAACUUUGAUGGUUCGGACACUAGUGCACCAAAACGAAGGAGGCCGGGACCCCCUGGGCAAAGGGCGCACCCGCGGGAUAGCAAUGGUCCGUCUACUUUUGUCGAAAAUCCCGAUGAACCUGUAGUCCUGGCUCUUAACCCCAAAGGACACGAAAACGAUUCGUACGAGUCCAGAAAGGCCUUUCUAACUCAGUAUUUCAAUCUAGCGCCGUAUCCCACGCAGCGGGAGGUGGAGAAGCUGGCGGCCAGUCUGUGGCUAUGGAAGUCAGACAUCUCCAGCCACUUUGUCAAUAGGAGGAGGAAGUGCACAUAUGAUUGCGAAACCCAAAAUGCCAACGUGUUGCUCGGCUUCAGCAUGCACGAGGUCAGCAAAGUGAGUCACGAGCUAGCUUUCGUCCAUGAUGGUGCGUACGAGGUCAGACAUAGCAAGAGGCGGACAAGCAGGACACGUAUGGGCGUGUCAGAACAGGCGUUGCGGAAACACCGGGAGCUUGUAGCUGCUAAUGGAGGCGUGGCUCCUUCGCCAAGGGGAAAGCGAACUGGGACUGUGGAAGGUUCUAGAGCAAUGCUGACUGCCCCUAAACCCAACAGUGCCAGCACAGACCAAACCAAGACAAUCAACAGCACCUCAGCACAAAAAAAGGCCCUUGGCCUUUCUGAGCCCAUCGCUAUUGACUCUGACAGUGAUGAGGAAGAGCGGCAGAAAUAUAACAAGGAGCGAGAGGGAGAGGUACAUUGCCAUGGUAACAAACCGCUUCUUGGAGCCAAGGAGCAAGUGGAGCAGAGGACAGGGGCCAAGAUUGUUUCGGAUCUAGAUGACAUGUCAGACGAGGACGAUGAUGAGGAUGACGAGGACGACGAUGAUGAUGAGGAGGAGGAUGAUGACGACGGCGAGUACGAAGGGCCACAUGUAGAGAAUGGCUUCAGGCCCACAGAGGGCCCUGGAAGACAGGCUGCUAAAGAAAGAGACCCUCUGCCCAUCAUUAUUCCCAAGUUUGUACCAUCGUCUGCCAGAAGCAGGAGAGACGGGGCCCAGCUGGGCAAACAGCAGGUCUGACAAAAAUCCAAAACCACCCGCACAGUCGGAGAGACACUUUAGAUUUGAUCCACGCCAAACAAAUCUGCCUCGCCUCAACUGAGGGACACCGAUUUGUGAGAUUGGGCGUCCGCGAAGGAGGGGAGAGAUGCGGAGAGAAGUCUCCUGAAAUGAAAAACUCAAAACAAGCCAUCCAAUGACAUUUAAAAGCAGGACUCCACGAGCAGCUAGGUCUGAUGUAAAGAGUUGUGUUAAAUGUUUUAAUGUGUUCUCCCCUUCGUGUGGGACGGGAGAUGCAAAGAAGACCGUUAAGUUACACCAAACGAAUAUUUAAAAAAAAGUUUUGGGCCUUCUAUAUACUUUAUUACAUUGAGACAAGGAGUUAUUCAUGUUGAUGUAGCCUCCGAACGUGUGUGCGCGUGGCUGAAAACAUUGAGUCGUUGUGAGGUAAAGCUUUCAGGCUGGCCAGAUAAUCCAUUGUUUUUCACGUAGUUAUACCAAGAUAGGUAGUGUAAAUUUGUACAGUCUUUUAGACAUGUUUGGACAGAUGUUGCUGUACAUGUUCCCUUCAAUAUUUGCUAUUACCUGUGUGUAAGGUAACCUCAUAUGUUCUAUAUUGAUAUGCUUAAUAAUAGGUGUUGCUUUGGUGGCCGGUAUUUUCAUGUAUGUUUAAGUUUAUUUUUUAACAAAACCUAGGGUUGUUGGUUUUUUUUGCAAAAUAAUAUAUCUAUAAAUGAAGACAGAAUCGAUUAGUUUUUGCCUUUUUAAUCUGAUCAUAAUUUUAUUUUUUUAAUUAUACCUUCUUUUUGUUAUGAGUUCUGAUCUGAAAGAAUAGUGGCACUCAGCUGUUAUCUCAAGGUAUAAAGGAGCAUUUCAUCAACUUUUUGCAGCCUUGUUAUCAUGAGCCCCGACUGUUGUGUUCCUUUUUUAAACUUUGUUCCUUUUGCCCAUGAGAGUGGACGAUAAGCACCACACUGGCAUCCAUAAAAGUGAAAGCAAUUUUCCCCCCGAAAAACAGUUGUGUUUAGUAUGUGUUUUUUGAAUUGUGUGUAUUUGUUUUUACGUUUUCAUUUUUUUCACUUAAGCAUUUAUGAACAAUAAAGUGCUGUAAUUGUGCUUCUCACACAA